UAUCAAUGCGACAACAGUUAGCAUAAGAAGCUGCUUUCCCUGUUAGCAUAUGUCUGGCUUUCCCUGUCGGAUCUGAUUAAACUGAAGUAGUUUUUUGCCGUAGUUAGCGUUCAGUUAAACAUUUUCAGUUAAUGAGAAGCGAUUUACCUCAGCUGGUGAACAACACUACCUGUCAACAUGGUGAACGUGCACAAAGGUGUACUUGUUGAAUGUGAUCCUGCCAUGAAGCAGUUCCUCCUCCACCUUGAUGAAACCAUGGCUCUGGGAAAGAAGUUCAUCAUUAAGGACCUUGACGACACACACAUUUUCAUCCUGGCGGAGGUGGUUCAGACUCUGCAGGAGAGAGUUGGAGAGUUAAUGGACCAAAAUUCAUUCCCCAUCACACAAAAAUAACUUCAACUUUUUCUAAGAACUUACUCUUUUUGGACUGCUUAGAAACCUUAGGAAUUAAAGACAUGCUUUACUACCGAUA